AUGGAAAACCUCACCAUGGAUAACAUGACUGUGGCGAAUGGCACGUCGGUGCAGGACAAUCAGACCCUGGGUCUUUGGACUGACUAUACAGUUGAAUAUAAAGUGGUCAGCGUGUUUUUGGUGUCCCUCAUAUGCGGGGUGGGGAUCGUGGGGAACGUAAUGGUCAUACUAGUGGUCCUGACCACCAAACACAUGCGGACCCCCACUAACUGUUACCUGGUGAGUCUGGCCGUGGCUGACCUGAUGGUCCUGACGGCCGCCGGGCUGCCAAACAUCACCGACGCCCUGUGCGGAGAAUGGGUGUUCGGGUACGCGGGCUGUUUGGGGAUCACCUAUUUCCAGUACCUGGGAAUAAACGCUUCCUCCUGCUCCAUCACCGCCUUCACCGUGGAGCGCUACAUCGCCAUCUGCCACCCAAUAAAAGCGCAAUUCCUGUGCACUUUAUCCAGGGCAAAGAAAAUCAUCAUGCUGGUCUGGGCGCUCACCUCCGUCUACUGCGUCAUGUGGUUCUUUCUGUCAGACACCGCAAAGUUAGUGUAUGACAACGUGGUGCUGCUCAGCUGCGCCUACAAAGUGUCCAGGAGUCACUACCUGCCCAUUUACUUCACAGAUUUCGCCGUGUUUUACGUGCUGCCUCUCAUGCUGGCCACAGUUAUGUACGGACUGAUCGCCCGGAUACUUUUCCUGAACCCGCUGCCUUCAGAUCCCAAAGACAGCACCAAGAAGUGGAAGAAGGAGACGAGUAAGGGAGGGAGGAUGAUCAGCACCAACUCUUCCAGCAGCGCAACGGCGGCCUCCCGCAGACAGGUGACAAAGAUGCUGGCUGUGGUGGUGAUCCUCUUCGCCUUACUUUGGAUGCCCUACCGGACCUUAGUGGUGGUCAACUCCUUCCUGGACAAGGCCUACCUGGAUACCUGGUUCCUGCUCUUCUGCCGCCUGUGCAUCUACCUAAACAGUGCCAUCAACCCGGUCAUCUACAACGCCAUGUCCCAGAAGUUCCGUGCUGCUUUCAAGAAGUUGUGUCACUGCGGUCCUCAGCGUAUGGAGAAACCAGCUUCUUACAGUGUGGCCCUAACCUACAGCGUCAUCAAGGAGACGUCCAAUGGGGAAAGUCCAGACCACUUCACUACAGAAAUGGACGAUGAGUUAAACACACCAACGGAUCAGUACUUACCCACAUGCAUCCUGCCAAGUGCCAAAAAGAUGCCGUUCGAAGAGCCUUCUCUGUCUGGGAGUGAUGUCAAAGCCUGACUAAAAUCUAACUUUCCACCUAAACAGGAUUCUAAUAGCUG